ACAAAUUUGUUGAUAUUAAUCAUAACCUAAAAAUUAUUGUAGUAUAUAGUAUACAGCAGAACUACCUGUACGUGUAUAAAUUUAUGCUUAGAGCACGAAUAAUAUCAGUGUUGAAAAUGGAAGAAAAGUCGCCGUAUUUCUCACCUAAGAAGACCAGAAACUUCGUCAAAAUGCAACGACGACCGGAAACAUCCGACACUUUAAAAACGACUCUUCUUCAAAAAUCUGUACGAGGCAAAAAACUUCCACGGAAAAAUGUUACCGAGCCUGUUGCCCUGCCAGAGAUCAAAGUAGAACCUAUUUCUCCGGAAAGUAAAAUUCGUCAAAGUAAAGAUAUUAAACUCGAAACUAAGCGGAAAGAGCAACAAGAACCGAUUCCGAUCGAACAAAACAAACUGGUAAAAUGGGAACCAAACGAUUGGCGUCAAAUGUUGGAAAACAUCCGACAAAUGAGACAAACAACAUCCGCUCCGGUGGACACAAUGGGAUGCGAUCAGUUUAAAGAUGAUCAACAACUCCCGGAGAAAAGCAGACGUUUCCACACUCUGGUGUCUCUGAUGCUGUCCAGCCAAACGAAGGACCAAGUAAACUUUGAAUGUAUGCAGCGUUUGCGGAAGCACGGACUAACACCAGAGAAUGUGUUGGUCACGGAUUCUGACGUUCUUGAGAAACUUAUUUAUCCAGUGAGCUUUUAUAAGAACAAAACAAAAUAUAUUAGGCAAGCGUCGCAAAUACUGAUUGACGAAUACAAUGGUGACAUCCCAGACACCCUGGAAGGUCUGCUGAAGCUGCCUGGUGUUGGUAAAAAAAUGGCUCAUCUCUGUAUGCGUUCCGCUUGGAACGUGGUAACUGGAAUCGGAGUGGACACCCACGUGCACCGUAUAUCCAACUGGUUACGGUGGGUACCGAAAGAAACCAAAACACCUGAAGAGACGCGCGUUGCCCUGGAAAAGUGGCUUCCGUUCGAACUGUGGGAAGAAGUGAAUCAGUUGUUGGUGGGCUUUGGACAAACUACUUGUACCUCCUCCUAUCCACGAUGCAACGAGUGUCUGAAUGCAAAUAUUUGUCCGGCCAAAGGAAAGCAUGGAAUUCGUAAAUCACCGGUCAAAAGAGAGAUCAAACAAGAGGAUUUGGAGUUCUAGAGAUGAAAAUGAGUUUGAUACUUAAACAUUGCAGCAAAUCCAAAUCACUGUGUAACUGUUUUGGUAAAUGUUUUUUAUAUCUUAAUACUCAACAAGAGCCAUAUAAAUUUCGAAAUAAAUCGAUCC